AUGUGCCGCGCUGAUGGCGAUAACGUGAUGAGCAACGACGGCACCGCCGCCACGUCGAUGGAGGGGCCGUACCGCUUUCACUACGAUGCCGCAGUGGAGGCGAUGCAGCGGGACUGCUGCGAGCGUCUGGUGUUCGCCCGGCAUGGGGUGCUCGGCGUGCGGCUCAUCAAGCUGCUGUUGCAGCACCACAACAUGGAGGACCGCAUGCUCGCGGAGGAGGCCAUCGCCACACUGCCCCGCACGCGCGAGGUGCUGCAUGCGAUGAUGCGAGACGGCUACGUGCGUCAGCAGGAGGUGCCAAAAAGUGGGGUCAUGAUGGACCGGCAGCCGAAGAACGCCGUGUUCCUGUGGAGUUGCAGCAUGGAGCGGGAGGUGCUGCCAACCGUGCGGGUGCAGGUUGCGAAGACCCUCCACAACACCCUCGUGCGGCUCUCAAUGGAGCGGCAGGCAGCGGCCAAUCAUGCAGCGGCAUCCUCUUCUUCCUCCACCAGUCCUGCUGCUGCUGCUGUGACAGUGACGGGCGAUGCGUCAGGGAUCCCGGCGGCGACAGGCACGCGACGAAUUACCGCGGAGAAUCUGGGCGAGACGCUGCGGCUCCAGCGUGCUGUUGUGGCUCUUGAGAGUUCCGCCUCCGCGCUGAUGCGAAUGAUGCUGGUGCUCGACUACUACUAA